GCCGAGCCACAGAGCCGCACCGACACCUGCACGAGCAUGCCUCGCCGCCACAGCAUGCCCGCACCUGGGGCCAAGCCCGCCAGCAAGCCCGCGCCCUCUAAGAAGAAGCGCACCUCGCUCCCUGCACCGCCUCAACCCUCGACCUCGCAGCAGACGCUCGACGACGACGAGCCUCGAGUCACCGAGCCUGCCGACACCCGCUUCGCCGCCUUCCUCGACGAGGCCGACGGCGACCACGUCGAGCCGGCCGUCGACCAAGGCGACGACGGCGAGGCCAACCUCGACGAGGAUGCGGCUGCUCAGCACGGCGGCGAGGAGCCCGUUGCAGAGCCUCGAGCCGCCGACGACGAGCUCGACGAGCGCGCCCUUCUCGCAAAGACGACCCUCCCCGCCCACCUCCUUCCGCGCUCCAUGUCCGGCGGCAAGAACGCCAAGACGCCCGGGCUCGUCUACCUGUCGCGCAUCCCGCCCGGCAUGGGUCCGGGCAAGGUCAAGCACCUCCUGUCGGCGUUCGGCGAGGUCGGGCGCAUCUACCUUGCGCGGGCCGACGCCAACAAGGAGAUCUCGGCACGCAAGAAGCACAAGCAGCGCGAGCGCCACCAGUCGCACAACUUCAAGGAGGGCUGGGUCGAGUACCUCGACAAGCGCGUCGCUCGCUCGGUCGCCGAGAUGCUCAACGCGCAGACGAUCGGUAAGUUCUUCUUCCGCGUUCCAGGCGGCAAGAAGUCGGACCGCUGGCACGACGACGUCUGGACGAUGAAGUACCUGCCUCGCUUCCGGUGGGACCAGCUCAGCGAGCAAGUCGCCCUCGAGCGUGCGACCCAGACCUCGCUCCUGCGCUUCCACCUCUCGCACUCCAAGACCGAGCAGGAGGCCUACCUCUCGGCCGUCGAGCGCGCUCGUGUGGGCAAGAAGAUCGAGGAGAAGGCGGCCUCGCGCGCGCAGAGCUCGGGCGCCAAGGGCGGCAAGGGUGGGGCCGCCGGAGCAGGAGCAGGAGGGGCAGCAGCGGGCGCCGUCAAGGGCGAGGGCAAGGAGGCCAAGGCCGGCGAGAAGAGGAAGCGGGAGUUCCGGCAGCGCGAGGCGGUGGACGUGAGCAAGAAGCUGCGGCGGGACGAGGGCCAGCUCGAGAGCGUGCUCGGGCGGCUGUUUUGAGAAGGUCGUCGGUUCGAGUCUUUUGCAGCGGAGCCUUGUCCUUUCUCG